AUUUGCCUUACGGGGAUAUGAUGGGGAAAUCCUCUAUGAAAACAUUCUUGAAGCUACAGAGCAAUUCAACUCCAACUAUUGCAUUGGCUCAGGAGGAUACGGAAAUGUUUACAAAGCUCUGUUGCCAGCUGGUCAAGUUGUUGCAGGGGAGCUUGAAGACAGUUUUGAGCAACCCAGAAGAAGCAACAGAGUUGGAUUGGGAUAAGAGAUUGAACAUUGUUAAAGGGUUAGCGAGUGCUUUAUCUUACAUGCACCAUGAUCGCCCUUCACCAAUAAUCCAUCUUGACAUUUCUAGCAACAAUGUUUUGUUAGAUUUGGAUUAUGAAGCUCAUGUCUCAAACUUUGGUACAGCUAGGAUUUUGAAGCUAGAUUCCUCUAACUGGACAUCCUUUGCAGGCACAUUUGGCUACACAACUCCAGGUGAUCUUAUUUCAGAUUUAUGGACACCAAAUGGCCAGCAAAUGUUGCUGAAGGAUGUCAUAGACCAAUGCCUUAAACCUCAAAGGAGGAAUAAGGUGGCUGAGCAAGUGGUUGCUACCACAAACCUAGCAUUUACAUGUUUGCAUUCCAAUCCUCAAUUUCGCCCCACUAUGCAACAGGUUUAUCAAGCUCUUACAAGUGGUCGACCAUCUCCAUUGCCAAAGCCAUAUUCAAUGAUAAGUUUGGGAGAUUUAAUUGGAGAUAGACAUGAGAUAAAGGGCUGAGUUGCUUGGAUAUUUAUCAUAGUUCUAGGUUGCGAGAUCUAAUAAAGAACUUGAAGAAAUGUGGAUGCAUUAUCAAGUUUUCUAUCUACAUUCAACUUGAAGAUGAAUGAGACUACUUUUUUUUAUAAAUUAGGAAUGUAGUUAAGUUGUACGCUGUGUGAACUAUUGUACUCUUUUAUUUGUUGUAACUUCUUAGGGUUUUUUUUUAAUAAAUAAUUUGCUAGUAU